CUUCCAUUUACCUGUACUUCUACACCCUCGCGCCAACGAUACCAUUCGUGUCGACAUCGUCACCAGCAGUGAUGUGACCGGCCACCACCACCACUCCAUGGACCAGGCCAUCUCCAUCGACCACCGAUGACGUCUAACCGGCUACAGCUCUUGCGAACGCUUUUGCCAUCUCGCCUGCGCGCCAACCAUGCUCAUGCCAUCACCAUCACCGCUGCCACUCCCUGUCCCGAGCCGAACGUCUGUUUGAACAAUUCUUGCAGAUGCUUCGCCCGCGUCAACGACGUCGACCCAUGGAGCAGAGACAUCUGGUUUACAAGUGCUGCGCCGCGACACCUAGCGUCUGAUCUCCCUCCCUCCUCCGACUACAAACCGCCCGACGAGAGGACUGUCAAGCUGGGUCGCACAGUCAGAUUACUGCACGAACGAUUGCCGACUUUGCUCAAAGAGCCCCUUCCGUCAGAGACACUAUCACCAAGCAUCACGCUCCACCUCUUCCCAUCGACGCAUCCACAUCUACCCACGGUGUCUGGCCGUCUGGGGUACAUUGCUGCGUUAUGGACUGCGCCAGUAGCCUGGGGUCGUAUGCCGCUGAUUGGCAAUGUGAGGCUCGAGAUUCUGGCAGAAAGGAUGAUACAGAACGGAGGUACGGCUGUGCCACUGGCCCAACGUGAAGAGAAGCUGGUCGUGAAGUGGAAAACAUGCGGCAAGACUACACAUCGUGAUGGAACGGGUGGCAUUUAUCGAGGUAUGGGAUUGGCUGCCAAGGACCCUGUGGAGAAGAUUAGGGGCUUCAUUGCAGGCACACGACAAGGCUCACAAGCGGAUGAAGAGCCCGAGGAGUUUCGCGGCAUCUUCAUCUUCGAAUUUGACGAGGAAGGCCGCAUCAGUAAGCACACCAUCGAGCACGCUGAAGAAGGCGGGCACUGGGACCGUACUGCGCGAGUGGUGUCUGUGACGGAUUGGCUGCUAGGCCAUCUGAAUGGUAAGAGACGAUACGAUGAGCCUGCACUCGCGCUGUGUGAAGAGAGACCGCACUGUCGCGGGAUACGGCUGGUCGAUCGAAGAGAACCGCAUUGAUCGGGUCAAUGCCUGUGAUGAUACCCAGACGAUGGCGCAGCCUGAGAAACACGCUUUGAGAAAAUGCGGGGCGUGGUUUGUAUAUUAUCCUGUCUGGCGGUUAAAGCAAAGCAUCUACGCUCAGCUGUACAUAUGUACCAACGACACGAAAUCCGAUGAUCCCUCUUAUGACACAGCAGAAGCUGAGCUCAGCGCAAGCCUGUCGACGCCUCCCCGCUCGGCCCCAGCCUAUAAGUUUGCAGCUUCGGCUCCCCAGCUCCGUCAGCGGCGACGCUGCGUCGCCCACAACACUAUCUGAAACUUCACUCAGAGCAGCUCUACUCUAGCUGAAGGACCCAUCAGUUGAUACCAACCAGGCAUCCAUCCUGAGGUCUUCAGCUGCCUCCCAUAUCCACCUUCCAAAUUCUGAAUACAACAUGGCGUUCCACGUCAAGAGGACAAGAACUGUCGAACAGAAACCUCUGAAGCAAUACAACGGUAUACGAUCUACUAUCUGGGCUCCUCCUGAGCCCGGUAAGUCCGUCCGCGAGAUACAGACGACGCAUAGGCCCAUUGACUUGCAGAAAAUACCUGACAAGCUCAACUACCUGACACCCCCGCUCCACUGGCACUGGUACCAAGACGAGUUUUUUCACAUCAGAGAAGGCCGUUUCAUCUUCACCCUCGAAGGUCAAAACAUGACUAUAUCUGCCUCUGACCCGCAGCCGAUUCGCGUACCAGCCGGCGCUCGUCAUACGUUCAGAGUAGAUGACACUCACGCAGGACCAUGCACGAUGGAGAUCUCCGCCCCUGUUUUGCCCCGAUCGCCCACGAGCUCACCCGAAGCAGAGGGUGUGAGCGAGAGGUUCUUCCGCAACCUCUACUCCUACUUGGACGAUUGCUAUGUGCAAGGUGCCAGUCCUAGCUUGUUCCAAUUGCUCAUCUUCUUGGACUCUGCCGAAACAUCUUUGGCUUUUCCUGGGCCUGGUUGGCUUGUCAGACCUGCGAGUUGGCUGCUGGGCGUCGUGCUGGGAAGGUGGAUCGGUGGCUUCAUUCUGGGAUACCGGGCCAGCUAUGAGGAGUACUGGAAGGAUUCUGAGCUGAAGGAAGACUGAAUGUGUGUGUGUGUGUGUGUGUGUGUGUGUGUGUGUGUGUGUGAAAGAGAAAGAGAAAGAGCUGAACAGGGUCUCUUGACCUGCAAGCGUUCAGACCAGAUCGAAAGGGCUCUGGACUCCGAUCACUAUAUUCCUGCCAUAUGGAGUGAACGUCCCGAUGGUCGAAACUAUGUAGUACGACAUAGAUCCCGAACAAGACCGCUGGCCUAGGAACCAGAUCCUCGUAUGAAC